GAGGAACCGCCGGUUUACGAGGCAUUGGGGCUGCGUGCAACGAGUUUCACGCGCCUUUUCGACGACUAUGAAUGACAGAAGGCGCAUAAACGGCCCAGUUGGCAAGACAACCCCGCCGGUCUUCAAGUCGACGCUGGCUUCGGCGGAGCAAUUGCAAGACCAACGACCUGCGAGGGCGAGGAAGCCGGACGAACUCCGAAAGAUUUUCUUACGAACAGGCGUCACGCCUUCGGCAUCGGGUUCUGCGUACUACGAGCUGACCUCUCCGUUGUCGCCAACCAAGGACGCAGCAACCUCCUCGUCAUUCCUCCCGCCGAGGUCUUGCCUGAAGAUAGCCUGUACGGUCCAUGGCCCUCACCCUCUGCCUCGAUCGGCUCCCUACAACUCAUCCCUCGUUCUCACAACGACACUCAAGUUCGCACCGUUUGCAACGAGACAUCGACGCGGCUACGUGCGCGAUGCCACUGAGCGCGAUCUGUCCGCGCACUUGGAGACGGCUCUUAAGGGUGUGAUCAUUGGAGAGCGAUGGCCCAAGAGUGGCGUUGACAUUAUUGUCACCGUUUUAGAAGGAGAGGAGGACAGGUGGUGGGGCGAUGAAGUAGCGGGCGGAACGGCUGAGGUUGGAGGUUGGGGGACCAUGCCGGUGCUCGCCGGAGCAAUCACGGCGGCGAGUGUGGCAUUGGCGGACGCAGGUAUAGACUGCGUAGAUCUUGUGUCGGGCGGCGUGGCAGCUGUGGUGGGCUCAAAAUUAGACGAACGAGUCAUCGUGCUGGACCCGUCGCCGGCAGAACAUGAGAACACGAUUGCUGCGUGUGUUGUUGGCUACUUGUCUGAGAGAGACGAGGUCACCGAGUUGUGGGUGAAGGGCGAUGCUGGGGACCAGAUCGAGGCGUUGAUGGAGAAGGCCGUGGAUGCUGCUGCAGCGUCGAGAACGGUGCUAGUCGAUGCAGUUGUGGGAGCUGGCCACUCCAAAUUCCCGAGCUCAAUCACAGGCAAAGGAACUCAUGACAGUGACGAGGACAUGGCUGGAUGAAACCGAAACCGUGGCUCACUAUGAAGUGAGAGUCGACAUCUGAUGUCCCAUCCAGCCGGCACCAUUUAAGAAGUACCUAUUGGCCAUAAGACGAUCUGUCAAGGAAACAAAAUACUUGAACAAAAAGAAGCGUGGGCUUGACGCAAGACGUGGAUCUUAUUGUCUGAGGACGCCCGCAACAAUACUUUGGAGGGGACAAGAUUAAGCAAGAAAGAAGUCAAGAAAGCAAGGCGACGAACUGUCGAGCAGUAUCGCAGGUUCGUCAUUGCUGUAAGGGCGUACCUACAGCGGCGAUUAUUUCAACGAGUUCUACUCUAUGAAACGUCAACCAUGAGGCAUCUAUGCACAGGCCUCACAGUGUCAGGACAGACGAAUGCGAUGGGUAUCACACCGCCAACAAACCGAAAGAUCACUAAAUGAGAGCAUCUGCUCGCGUUCAUCCUUUCCCCCAUCACCCGGUUGAAAUGAAGGUAUUUCUUGUGCAGGCGACCUCUACGUCGUGGAACAGCUGGCCAACAGCGUGCAAUGGCCAGUCUCUCUCUCUCUCUCUCUCUCUCUUCUUCCCUUUGUUUUCGUUCCAUUUUGCUUAACUUGCUAGUCGGAGUUGGCAAUAGAUUGACUGCGGUUAACAGUCUGAAUCCGUCUCCCCUUCAGCAUCAGCUUCUGAGUCGAGGUCUAUCUCUUCCCUUGCAUGGUUGACUCCUACACUGAGUGGGUCGGCUGCGGCACUGAAGCAGAGGAACGACGGAUGCCCACCUCCGAGAUCAAAGUUGCUGUGUGGCGUGGACUUAAGCGUUCUGGACGGAGAGCCCACCUUUGAUGACGUCUGCGAUCUGUUCACUUUCUGUUUCUUCAUCUUGGGCGUGACGAUGGAAUCCCAUUCAUGUUCGUCGUAGUCGAAAAUCGUCAAAGGCAUGUGAUCUCUCAGCACAAAGCUGUCUUUCGAGGGACCGCAGGUAGCCGUGGGUACUGUCAUGUUUGGCGUGUUCGAGGGCGUCAGCUGCGGCGGAUAACUCGCCAUGUUCUUCUGCUUCGCGGCAGCCAUGGCGAUGGCCUUUUUUCCAACGGGCUGCAAACCGGGCACGCCGUUACUGAUCUCUCGGUUGACAAUAUCACGGUACCGUACGUACGCGGUGUUUUUUUUGAUGUUGAGGAGACGGCUCAGAGCUCUGUAGUUUGGUGCGACCACCUUGCCAUCCGCAUCUCGGAUCGAGUGUAGACAUUGCUAGGGAAGCACCAUGUCAGUCCUUGGAACUACCUUCUUCGAAAGCGGGGGCUGCACGCAGCGAAACUCUGACGAAAGAAUGAGACAUUACGCACCAGGAUGAACUGGAGUCUCUCGUCUGGCGUGGCUGCCUUGGGGCCCAUGCUGCUGGUACAAUAUCGGGACUCACGUCGAAGGUUGCAAAGCUCAGAAGAUUGAACGCGGACCUGGCGAUAAUCUACUUUUCGAGAGCAGUCCUGUGCGGGAGUGGACUAGAAUUUGAAUUACCAGACAGCAUCCUGGUCACAACGCUUACUCAUAUGCUCUCUUCUUGUAAAUGGCCAAAGUGGGUUUGCGGCACAACCUUCACGCAUAGAACUAGGCAUAAGAGCACAUGGCUGGCGGCUUCUUGAUAGGUUCCAAGGACUGACAGGUGUCUUCAUGCGAGGAAAUGGGAUUGGGUUGGAAAUCACACGGAGGAGGGCGUACCUUGGGGCACGUCGACUACGACCUGAACGAGAGCAUGUCGCCAGACUAACCGUGAAUCAAUUGAGAUGCACUUUGGCUUCAACCGUACAGCUGAGGCAGAGGUUUGAUAGGUCGUAGUGAGUUGGCUAUGCCGGGCUUGGAAGCCUCUAUAAUUCAAAUCUUCGUCCCGUCGAG